ACGUAGUGAAAAACGAUUUAUUGUAUCUUUCCAAUUAAAUAUUUAUGUUUCCAUUUUUAUAAUCUUAUGGUUUUUUAAGUUAAUUCUGAAGUUAUGUAUUUGUUGGAAAAAUUACAAAUGUAAAUUUACUUUCGUAAAAUAUUAAUUAUUAUUAAAAAUAAGACCCUAUUAUUGAAAGAAUGUUUUUUUAUCCCCGAAAAGUGCAACAUAAUACAUGGAUUUCGUGUAUUUGGAAACGUUAUUAUUGCCACAAUAAAAAUAAAAUGUCCAAAAUAAGAAAUAUUGGUAUUUUAGCACAUAUAGACGCAGGUAAAACAACAACUACUGAAAGAAUGUUAUUUUACUCCGGUUUAAUACAUAGUAUGGGUGAAGUGCAUGAUGGCAAUACAGUUACUGAUUAUAUGGAGCAAGAAAGAAAUAGAGGUAUUACUAUAACAUCUGCUGCUGUAACCAUACCUUGGAAAAAACAUAAUAUUAAUUUGAUUGAUACUCCAGGACACAUAGAUUUUACAAUGCAAGUGGAACAGACUCUAAAUGUUCUUGAUGGUGCAGUUAUAGUGUUAGAUUCUUCAGCUGGUAGAGUUGAAGCUCAGACGUUAACUGUAUGGCGUCAAGCUGAUAGAUAUCAAAUACCUCGUAUUGUUUAUGCUAACAAAAUGGACCGAUCUGAUGCUUCAUUGCCACUAUGUGUAAAUUUACUCAAGUCAAAAUUUAAUAUUACGCCAUUACAAUUACAAAUACCAGUAAGAGAAAGCAGUGGCCGACUGAUAGGCUUAAUAGAUGUAAUAAAAAAGAAUAUAUUAACUUGGCAUGGAGAAUAUGGUCAAAAAGUAUCAUACACUCCUAUAGAAGAAAAUACCAAGCAAUGGGAGUCUUUGUGUAAAGUUAGAGAGUCACUUAUUGGAGAUUUAGCUGAUAUGGAUGAAUCGAUUGCCGAUAUUGUAUUAAAUUCUGAUGGUAUUGAUAAUUUUGAUAGUGAUAUUUUAUUAUCAGCUAUUAGACGUGUUUGUAUUACUCAUAAAGGUGUUCCAUUAUUCUGUGGUAGUUCGUACAAGAAUAUUGGUGUGCAAUCUAUUAUGGAUGGUGUUAUAAAUUAUCUUCCAUCCCCAAACGAUCGAUCAACUUUAGAUCCAUUUAAAUUUUUCGGUACAUCUAUGUCUGCUAGAGCUUUUAAAGUUGUUCAUGAAAAACAAAAAGGACCUAUUACAUUUUUAAGAGUGUAUUCAGGUACCUUACAAAAGGGUCAAAAAGUAUACAAUGCCUCUCAGUGUAAGUCUGAAAAUAUUAAUCGUGUUAUGAUGGUUUAUGCAGAUGAUUAUAAAGAAGUUGGCGAUGUACCAUUGGGAAAUAUCGUAGCUGUUACUGGAUUAAAAAGUACUGUUUGUGGAGAUUUACUUUCUAGUAGUAAUAAUGCUGUUAAAAAUGCAUUAUCUAAAUUGUCAAAAUCAAAAGGAAUGACACAAGAAGAAUCAAUUGAAGUACUUGGAGUUGAGUUGCUUAUUCCAGAUCCUGUAUUUUUUUGUUCUAUUGAACCACCUUCUCAGUCUUAUCAAUUAGCUUUGGAUAAUGCAUUAAGUCAGUUACAUAGAGAAGAUCCAAGUUUAAGAGUUCAGUAUGAUGAAGAAACCGGUCAAACAAUUUUAGCUGGUAUGGGUGAAUUACACUUAGAAGUUAUCGGUGAACGAAUUAAGACUGAAUUUAAAAUUGAUGUUGAUCUAAGUCGUCCGCAAAUUUCCUAUAAAGAAGGAUUAUUGUCUGAAGCAAAAGAAAGUCAUAGACUCGAUUUAAAAAUUGGGUCAACUACACAUAGUGUUUAUGUAGUGAUGUCAAUAUUUAAAGAUAAGUCAAAUAAAAAACUACUGUCUUUGGAUACCAGUCCUGAUAAUGCAUCCAAUACUGCAUCUAUACAUUUAAAUAAAUUAAAUAUAAUAACAUCAAGUGCUAAAGCUGCUUUAGCGCACGGCCCCAAAUUUGGAUGCCCUGUAAUCAAUGUUCGAUUUAUACUUCAUUGGUUAGAAAUUGGAAAAGGAACGUCAGAUACCGUUUUGAGUUCAGCUGUGAAUCAAUGUGUUCUAAAAUUACUAAAAUCUGGAAAAACAAAUUUACUUGAACCUAUCAUGAGCGUUGAAGUUGUAACAGAUAAUAAUAAUUCUUCCAUGGUACUUUCUGAUUUUGGAAGAAGGAGAGGAUGUAUAAAAGAUAUUACAAUUAGAUCAAAUAAUAGGGUUAUAAAUGCACUAGUGCCUUUAGCUGAUUUAUUGGGCUAUUCAAAAGAUCUUAGAACAUUUACUUCGGGUACCGCUUCAUUUUCAAUGGAAUUUCAUUCUUAUCAAGAGGUGUCUGUUAAAGAUGAAGGAGAAGCAAUAAAAAAUAUUACUGGUUUCUAUCCAUUUUAAUAGCGUAAUUUGAUUAAAUAAAAUUGUUUUUGUUAUAGUGACUAA